GUGUUCCGUCCUCCGUGGGCAUUUAUGGCGGAGUUCAUCAGGCGGUAUAAGAUGCGGCGCUUCUUGUCGUCUACCGCAACGCAAACACCAUGUCUGACGAGCCCUGGAUCCCGAAGAACACCGUCGAAGAGACUUUGCGCUUGAUGACCGCGCCUGGUGCGCUGCUUGAGACGGAGACGGCGUGCAUCGAUGGGCGGGUGUACAGCGUGUACAAGAACCUGCCGGCGUCGUGCCGUGCGCUGUGGCUGCAGGUCGUGCGGAUGUACGGCGAUCGGGAGUAUGUGGUGUUCGAAGAGCAGCGAUACACGUUCCGUGCGGCCCAUGAGCAGGCGCUAAAGACGGCGGCAAUGUUCCGGGAUGCUUAUGGGAUUGGUAAAGGCGACCAUGUGGGGAUCGUCUCGAGGAAUAUCCCGGAUUACCUCGUUGUGUUCUGGGCCUGUCACCUCCUCGGGGCCGUGCCCGCCCUCGUCAACUGCACCCUGACCCAAGAAAGUAUCAAACACUCCAUCAUCCUCUGCGACUGCAAGCUUAUCCUGCUCGACCCCGAGCGCGCCGACCUCCUCGAGCCGGCAAUCGACGACCUGCUCAACACCACACACGCCAAAGACGUCCUCGUCCUCGAGAGCCACGAGGGCAAAGGAUGGUGGAAGGGCACGAAGUCCUAUUCGGACGAGCUCGCGAAGUACGAGGGCGAUGGGGUGGAUGUGGCCAGUAACGACCCGGGGAUCGUUCCCGAGGACGACGCGAUCAUACUGUUCUCGAGCGGGACGGGGAGUCUGAUGCCGAAGGCCUGUCUGAGCACGCAACGCGCACUGUUGACGAACUUGUUCAACGUCAUCUCCAACGGCCACCGCGCUACAAUACGUCGCGGGGAGAAGCCCGUCUCGGGCAUCAUCCCUCCGCCGAUGGGCGUAUUCUACCCGACGCCUAUAUUCGGUGCUAUUGGUAUAUCCCUCGGUCUGCUAGCGACCUUUAUGGGCGCGAAGCUUGUCUAUGUGAGAGAGUACAAGCCUUCGGAGUUGGCAAGCCUCAUCAGGAAAGAAGACAUCAAGUUCGUCUCUGCCACCCAGAACGCCAUUCACGACCUCAUCGAUCUGGCGAGCACCGAGCUGCAGGGUCAUCGGUUUAUCACCGUCGGCGUUGCCGGGGGCGCGGUGCACAAGGACUUUGCGCGGAGGGCAAGGGAGGCGUUUCCGGGGGCGAUGAUAGGCCAAGGCUACGGGAUGACGGAGAUGAACGCGUCGUGUGUGACUACUUCCGCGGAAGACUUCUCCGCUCGGCCGCUGAGUUGCGGCACCCGCGUCCCCGUCGUCGACGCUAUGGUGGUGGACGAGAAUGGGAGAAAGCUGCCGCCAGGCCAUACGGGCGAGAUCUGGGUGCGCGGGCCGAACGCGAUGAAGUGUUAUUAUGGCGAUCCGGAAGCGACCGCGAAAUUCAUGACCAAGGACGGCUGGUGCAAGACGGGCGACAUAGGCGCCGUGUGCGCGGAGGGCUUCGUGUAUAUCACUGAUCGGAAGAAAGACAUGAUCAUCCGGGACGGAUUGAACGUUGGGAGUAUCUCGAUCGAGAACGCGCUAUACGCCCAUCCUGGCGUCUCGGAGGCCGCUGCUGUACCGGUCCCGGAUGAGCGCUCGGGGGAGCUUCCUGUCGCGGUGGCGGUGGUUAAGGAAGGUCAUCGCGAGCAAGUGACGGAGGAGGGGCUGCUUGAGUUACUAAGGAAGAAGUUGCCCAAGCAUGCGGUCCCGCUCAUGAUCGUCUUGACGAACGAGCCCUUGAAGCGCAAUGCGGCGGGUAAGGUGCUGAAAAUUGAGCUGAAGGAAUCCAUGGCAACGGAGUGGCAGAAGCGGAAGGCCGCCUGAACAAGAUAUGAAAGGUGUUGGCCCUAUCGUAGGAUGGAUCGAUCCUGUACUAUGGAGCUAUGCUACUUCUUGAUUAGCGGACUGUAUGGCGAACAAUCGUCGCCUUGGCACCGAUAAAGAGUAAAAGACUGCCGCUAGUCUAC